AGGCACAGCUACAAGAAGGGCCAUGUCUGUCAGUAAAUCAAGGGCUGUAGGAGUUUCCGGAGUUGAAAAUCUGCAGCAAAUUAGGAAGCGAGAUGUGGAAGAAGCAAACACAGAAAUGUACUGGCUUGAGCACUAAGCAGUAGUCGUUCAAAUUGGCCAGUUUCUUAUCCACAAAAGUGGAAUUUCCCGAUACGGGCCGAACCAAGUCAUUUCUCUUGUGUUCCCGCAAGAAUUACAACUGCUGUCUGCGGCACUACACGGUGUUUCCGGGAUUGUUGGAAUCCUCAAAUUUCAUAGUAUGCUCCUAUUUUCAACAUUGUUCGAUCGCAUGCUGUUGGAUCUGCUGCCCAUUUCCUACAUAUUUCAUUUGCAGUUCUGAAGAAUUAAAGUGGCUUCUGGUGACACUGAGCAAUUAUAAUCUGGAUAAACAAAAGUCCUCUACAUCUGUCAACAAUGCUUACCUCACAAAAUAUAAUCUGUGCUUGGACAUGGGUGAUGAUAAGUACAUUUAUUAUUAAAGGUGAAUUGAGAAUGCUAUGCCAUGAUGUUGAUUCAACAUCAAAAGUAGUUCAACUACAGUCGACUGUAUCUCUUUCUUGUGCAUUACGGGAGGAGUGCCUCCAAUCAUUAGAUGCAAAUGCGAGUCACAUAUUUUGGAGAAUGAAUGAUACCCAAAUUCCACGAGAACAAUAUUAUUUCAAUGCAACCGUUUCCCGGGUAACUUUAAAGACGAUUGAUGCAAUAAGGACCUAUUUGACAUGUCACAUUAACAUCAAAGGUGCACCAAAUAUUCUCCACCGUUUUGAAAUUGAAGCAGGAUUGCCUCCUGAUAAGCCAAAAAAUAUUUCCUGCAUUUCGUACUGGCGUGAAAACUUUACUUGUUCCUGGGACCAAGGGCGUGAAAACCAUCUAAAGACUAAUUUUACAUUAACUAGAAAAUUGCAAGGUAUGAAAAAUGAGAUCUGUCCUAACUUGAAGAAGAGCUCGUGUUCCUUUGAAUACCCAGAGUUAGACAUUUCAGGAAAUUAUACAAUUAUUGUAGAGGCACAGAAUGCUCUCGGCAAAGCCUCAUCUGAUCCUUUAGACCUGGUCGUUUGGCAUACUUGGAAAACUGAUCCACCUUGGAAUGUAACCGCUCACUCUAUCCUGGGUCAGUCAAGGUCUUUGCUUGUAACAUGGCGCAAACCUAAAAUGGCACCACCAAAACUUCCAUUAUACUAUAGUCUCCAAUACCAAAUAUUUGGUACAACCAAAUGGAUUCAGAUAAAAGAAGAAACAAUUAGUAACACUUCAUUCAUACUUAAGAAUCUCAAACCCUUCACCAACUAUACAGUGGCUGUGCGAUGCAUUGGUAAAGACCAAAUUUACUGGAGUCACUGGAGCUCAAUGGAAACUGGAGUAACCUCUGAAGAUAAGCCAUUAACAGGACCAUCCAUUUGGAGAACAAUUAAAACUCUUGAUUCUGAGGGAAAUAGAGAAGUACAUCUUCAGUGGAAGGCAUUAAACAGGUCCAAAGCCAAUGGAAUCAUCUUAGGAUACAGAAUCUGGUAUGAGAAAAGAAGGGAUCGAACAGUCAUACAACAGUUUAAUACAACAUCCUUGAACUCGUCUUUGCUCCUGAACCACGAUGCAUACAUUAUAACUGUAAUUGCAUAUAACUCAGCUGGUGACUCUCCUAAAGGCAUUUUGAAAAUUCCAGCGGUAAACCAGACGGAUCUUCCAGCUGUUCAAGAUGUUAGAACUACAUCUCAGAAUAACCAACUGCUCGUACACUGGAAGACUUCAAGGCCAUCUGAUAAUGGAUAUGUCAUUGAAUGGUGUUUGAUUUUGACUGCAAACCCAUGUGCUGGGCCGUUACAUUGGCAACGUGAGCCCAACACUUCCAAAAUGACCUACUUACAGGGAGAUUUAGCAAAAUUUAAGCGCUAUAACGUCUCUGUUUAUGCUGUGUACACUGAUGGUCCAGGAAAUCCGUUCUCAAUGCCAGUAUACCUACAGCAAGAUAUUCCAGAAGUAGGCCCAAUUAUUGAUGCUCCACUUGUGAGAGGUACAGAGUGCACAAUUAAAUGGCAUGAAAUCCCAGUGGAAAAGAGGCGUGGAUUCAUCACCAAUUACACCAUCUUUUACAAAUAUGCAAAAGGCGAAGCUGAUGUAACAGUGAAUUCAACAGUCCAUGAAUAUACGCUGAAAUCUCUGCAGAAGAAUACUGAUUACACAUUUUAUGUUAUGGCAUCCACAGAGAAGGGAGGCGUAAACAGCACGUUGAGUUCCUUCACAACAAAUGCUCUUGGGCAAGAAGAUAUUGUGGUGAUUCUGGUGCCUGUUCUCAUCGGCUUCCUACUGUUAGUAAAUGUCUUGAUAAUCUGCUUCAACAACAAGCAUAGGAUUGCAAAACACAUUUGGCCUGAGGUGGCAGAUCCAGCAGGCAGUAGUUUGGCUGAUUGGUUUCAUGGACACCAAUAUAAGAAUGAUCAAACCCCAAAAAUACUGCAUCCAGGAAAUGAUCUCUACACCAGCAUCAGCACAGUUGAGGUGUUCUGUCUGCCUGAAGAAAGCAAGCAACAAUCUGUAAUGAAAGCCAUGACUUCACAUGAACACACAGUGGAAGUGCAAUGUUCCUCUACUAUGCCUCCCACUUCAAAUGGUGAAGAGACCAAGCCAUUACAGCCUGCAGAUACAGUAGAGUACACAGUAUUAGAAGAAGGCUACAGGAGUCAAAUCCCUGAUCUCUCUAGGUCAAUGUCAAAGCAGCCACUUCUUUCAAAUACUUCAGAAAUGAGCGCAAGAGAUCAUGAAACUGAAAUAAGUACACUUUAUAAAGUUGAAGAAAAUUGGUGUCCACAAAAUAUUGAUGAAAAUGAUGUAUUUCAACAAAUAACUGAAACCAAAACAGACUCACAUACCAAAACAUAUUUGAAUAACUCUUUAAGCAUGACUGAGUCACAAAUUGCUUUCUGUUUGAAUAGCUCAAGCAAUCCUGUGAUUGAUAGUUCCUGUAAAGAGGAUGUGAAAGUGCAAGGAGACAUUGGAACUCUCAAUCCGAACCCACAGAGUUCUCUGCAAGAUAACCAGCCAGCCAACCCAAUGCAAACGUACAUUUCAGUGGAGUUACUGGGAUUUAUGUUAAACAAUGAAAUGUAAUCAAUUACUCUGUUGCACCCAUUCAGAAACUACAUGAUAUCAGCAUUUAAAAUGAAAACUAAUAUGCAGCUGGACUGUUGGGAUAUGAAUAGAGAAAAAUAAGUUAAUGUUUCUGUAGUUCUGAGAGAAUAUUCACUUUUUUUAUCUUUUUUGGAUUCAUGUCCAAUAUGUUCAUAAUUUUAUAUCAGUAUUUAAAGUUUUUUUAUUUUAGAUUUGAACCACAACUGUCCUCAAAGAAUUGAACUUCUAUGUCAUGAUUGUCUGUACCAUUACAGGCUGUAUAAGAAAAUAAUUCAUAUAAGAGUUUUGAGAAGAUUUGUAGCUCAGGUUGAGGUUCUGGAUGUGAGUUUGCUCGCUGAGCUGGAAGGUUAGU